UGUGUUGUGGGUAGGAGAGAGGGUUUGGGGGAGAGGUAGAUAUUUCAGCUCCUUCCAGGGAUGAAGCGGGCUGCACGCUGCAUGGGAGAUGAACAUAGAAGGCUGUGGAAACAAUUCUUUACUAACUCCUUGUUUCAUUUUCUCUUAUGCAUAUCUCCUCCUUUACACUCCAGCCGGAAGGGCCUUCAUCAUGUUGCUCCCUCUCCUAAGCUGUUUCUCCCUUCCUUCUUUGCCUGCUCAACUUUUACCCUUUGUUCAGAGCUGCCUUCCCUGGCCAUCCAUCCCCAUGACUAGGUGGGAACCCUGUGCCUCCCUGUUGGACGCUGCCAACCCUCUACCCCCUGUAAUUUUGUUUGAAUAUGUCUGCCCAGCUCUAGCAAACUGGAUGCCCACCAGACAGUGAGAAGGGAAACAAAGAUAUUCUGGACACAAUGACCUCAAAAAAGACUAGGAGGCCAUGGCAGGAAGGUGCUCGGCACUCAGGAAAAAAUACAGGUUCCAGUUACUGGACCACACAGAGCCAUGGCGAGGUGCGGUUGCGGCAGGACGAGAACUCGUUCACUGAGAAGGCGCCGCUCACCAUACACGACAUGAUCAUGGGCACAGCCAUCAAGUACGCCAACUACAUCGCGCUCGGCUCCAAGUACAAGGACAACUGGCACCUGCUCACCUACAUCGAGUACUAUGAAGAAUGCCGGAGAGCGGCCAAAGCCUUCCUUAAGGUACAGCGUGCGCCUGCGCGCUACUCUAACCGCCCUCCCACGUCCUCCCACGCCCCUCCUACCCGUGCCUCUCCUUCCCCAUCCUGCGCCUGCGCGCGACUGUAA